CAAUACAUACUCGGUAAUGGACAAUAGAGGGAAGAGAUCAAUCACAACAAAACUUGCCACUAUCCGGUAUGCGCAUGAAAUAAAUAAAAGGAGAAAUCAUACCACAUGGUUCUAGUCAAGAAGGUCUUUUUGGAGGGUUAUCCAUGAAAAAAUAUCAAGCGCAUGUCAAUUUGGUCGGGUCAUACACAGAGGGUCUGUUAAGACGUGUAUGAAGGUGAUUCAAAGGGAAGUAUGCUGGUAUUUUCGUUUCCAGAGAUAUCAGGGGAUCUAGAUCUAGAUCUAGAUCUUGAAGGCGAUUCCUGUGACAAUUUAGUCAGUAACAUUCUCUUCAUAACAUCUCUAUUGACAGUUGGUUCAGCCUUAGUUUCCAAUAUCCCUGCAGGCCUCCAGGAACAUGAUCUUUGGUAUGAAGCUUAUGCUUUGAGUGGUUUUGUUGGGGUCAGCCAUCUGUGGACUGUGGAUUUUGAAACCUCCAUAGCAAAGCUAAGUGCACGGGUGAAAAGGUUGUCAAAGGGGACUUCUAUAACAACGGGUAGAUGGUCCAAUGAUGAGGAGUCAUGUGUUGAUAAAGAGGAAGGUGAAGAAGGCUGCUCGGGAGGGGGCAUUGAAGGCAACAAGGCUAGUGAAGAUGAGGUCCGCAACAUUUGCAUCCUCAUUGCAUCACCAGGCUCACUCGAGGAUAUCCUUCAGGCCGUGGAUUAUGAUCGUGAGUUGCACACCGUCAGGACCACCACAGGGACCAUGGCUUCUAGGACGACGCAUUUUCUAGAUGAGUGGGAAGUCCGAAAUAAGAGUGUUGUGGAGAUUGAACUUGAUCAUCACGGAUACACUGAUGCAUAUCAACAGUGGUAUUACCUACAUGGCGUCCUGAUAGACGUCGGGAAGCAACGGUGCAGGGUUCCCCCCGAAGGCAACGUCAGGACCAAGAGAUACAGGAUGAGGUUGAGGCAUAUAUUCUCGAUCCUAGCCCAGAGCUCCACCAACAUAAACCCGAGGGAGACGAGAUAGGGACAUCAUUCUUUACAACAUCCUCUUCACAUGGUACCCACCAUUCAGUAACAGGGCGUCCUCUUCACAUGGUACCCACCACCCCCCACUGCUUAAAUGACGACACAACUUCCUAGCACACAAUUUCCACUACAGGGGGAUGUAUACGGGGACUUCAUAUCGCAUUUAACUCAAGAGGAUGAGACACAAGGUCCUCAAGAUAAGAGAGCAAAAUUUGUUGGAACACACUUUGUACGAUAAACUAAAGUCGUGUUC